UAAAUUUACAGCUAGGUACUGGAAACAAGGGAUAGAGAGAGAGAGAGCGCGUCACUGUGUAUUUAUUUAAGGAUUUUGGGAGGAGAAUUCAUAAAAAUCUCAGCUUUAUUUAAUUUCGUGAUUGUCAGAAACAACUUCUUCUUAUAAUUUUUCUCUCUCGUUUUCUGCUUUCGUAUAUACACUUACUCUGAUAUGUAUACAAAUUAGGAAAGAGUGAAAGCAUAUUUGGAAAAAGGAGUGACCUUUUGUGAAACAGAGGUUUUAAUUGGGAUAACUAACAAUGAAGAACAAAGAUAGAGAUGGGAAACCACUCAUUCACCCGGACAAAACUUCUAGAAUGGUACCCACGACACUUAUGUUUCUUGUGCUGUGUGGGUUUUCAUUUUAUCUUGGCGGGAUUUUUUGUAACAACAAAGAUAAAUUGGUGAUCGAGGAAGUCGAAAGACCAGCUAAAACUUCUCCCAAAGAUGUCAUAUCUUCUCCUCUUCAAAUUAAGCCUGUCUCCUUCCCUGAGUGUGGAAGCGACUAUCAAGAUUACACGCCUUGCACUGAUCCAAGGAGGUGGCGGAAAUAUAGUCUCCAUCGCCUUUCGUUUUUCGAACGUCAUUGCCCACCAAUCUUCGAAAGGAAAGAAUGCUUAGUGCCCCCGCCAGAUGGUUACAAACCACCGAUUAAGUGGCCAAAGAGUAAAAAUGAAUGUUGGUAUAGAAAUGUACCUUACAAUUGGAUCAACAAGCAGAAAUCUAAUCAGAACUGGCUAAGGAAACAAGGAGAGAAGUUCUUUUUCCCUGGAGGAGGUACCAUGUUCCCCAGGGGUGUUAGUGCAUAUGUUGAUUUGAUGACAGAUUUGAUCCCUGGGAUGAAAGAUGGAACCGUCCGGACUGCUCUUGAUACUGGUUGUGGGGUUGCAAGUUGGGGUGGUGAUUUGUUAGACCGAGGAAUUUUAACUGUUUCUCUUGCCCCAAGAGAUAAUCACGAGGCUCAAGUUCAGUUUGCAUUGGAACGUGGUAUUCCAGCAAUCUUGGGUAUCAUUUCUACCCAGCGGCUUCCUUUCCCAUCAAAUUCGUUUGAUAUGGCUCACUGCUCACGAUGCCUCAUCCCAUGGACAGAAUUUGGUGGACUUUACCUUCUAGAAAUACACCGUAUGCUACGACCUGGCGGUUUCUGGGUCUUAUCUGGCCCACCAGUGAACUACCAAAACCGAUGGAGGGGAUGGAACACGACCGUGGAAGAGCAGAAAUCAGAUUAUGACAAGUUACAGGAUUAUCUUACUUCUAUGUGUUUCAAGCUAUAUAAACAAAAGGGAGACAUUGCUGUGUGGCAGAAAUCUACUAAUCCCAAAUGUUAUGAUAAGCUUGCUAGCCCAGAUGUCUACCCCCCCAAGUGUGAUGAUGGAACCGAACCAGAUGCAGCUUGGUACACUCCUCUUCGUCCUUGUGUUGUAGCUCCAGAAGCUAAAUAUACAAAGUCAGGGUUAGAUUCUCUUCCAAAGUGGCCUGAGAGACUCAGUGCUCCACCUGAACGGCUGUCAGGUGUUCACGGAGGAAGUGCCAGUGCAUUCAAGCACGAUGAGAGUAAAUGGAAGGUUAGGGUGAAGCACUACAAAAAGUUACUUCCUGCUCUUGGUACUGAUAAGAUAAGAAAUGUCAUGGACAUGAAUACAGUGUAUGGAGGUUUUGCCGCAGAAUUAGUAGAGGAUCCUCUGUGGGUCAUGAAUGUUGUGUCUUCUUACUCUGAAAAUACUCUAGCUGUGGUCUUCGACAGGGGUUUGAUCGGAACCUACCAUGACUGGUGUGAGGCGUUUUCAACUUAUCCUCGAACGUACGAUCUCCUUCAUCUCGAUAGCCUAUUCACUGCCGAAAGUCAGAGGUGCGAUAUGAAAUAUGUUCUCCUGGAGAUGGAUCGAAUUGUACGUCCAGGUGGAUAUGUUAUUAUUCGAGAAUCUAGCUAUUUCUUGGAUGCCAUUUCAACCAUUGCGAAGGCAAUGAAAUGGAGCUGCAAACAGGAAGACACUGAGUAUGCAGUUGAGAAUGAGAAGGUCUUGAUCUGCCAAAAGAAACUCUGGUAUUCUUCUUCCUCCAAGAGUUUAAGAUGAUAAAAGUGAGGAAACUCGAAAGUGUUCACCACCGUAAAGAGAAGAAAAGAGUCUUCUCUUGUUAAAGAGGUAAGGAAAAGAUACUUUUUGAAUUCCGAAGUAGAUGAAGAAAGAAAUAGACGGAAGUACAAGUAAGAGUAAGAUAGAGCUUAAAUUGUGAAGAGAAGUAAAGUUCCACACAGAUAAGAACUCCGGUGAACAUGUUUAAGAUUUUAUUAUUAGGAUGGUGAGGAAAAUAAUCCCCAUAAUUCAUUGAUUCCUACGUUCUUCUCAACAUAAAUAUAAUUUUAUUCUUUAUAGAUGCUGCUUGAGAGAUAUUGAUAAUUUGUAUUUUUUUCCCGCUUUUUUUCCUUCUUGGUUUUACGUUUACUUGAUAUAAGAGAAAUACUUCGCAGAAGAGAAAAUUUGUUAUCUCUUUAUCAUGAGAAAGAAAGAUAGCUAAAAUCAAAUCUUCAACGCUUGUACUUUCAU